UUAUGCAAAUUGUAGAGCUUUUCACGCUGCAUCUUUUAGUAUAUUAUAUGAAAAAAAGUUCUUAGAAAUUUUUCUAUUAAUAUCGAUAAGAAAAUGUCGCGAACUUUUUUCCCAUACCUUAUGUUAUAAUGAGUGUUGAUAGAGACAUAGAGAACAAAGAAACACUUUCAACUCAGUCGUGUUUCACAAUGAUUUCACAACAAACUUCGCUUUCUCGGAAAUAUGUCUGUCACGAUCCGUAAUACGAUGGGAAUGCGUUGCUAAAGUGUCUGCCAUAUUUGUGGGGAAGUGCAAAUUUAUGCCUCUAUACACUUCAACACUCGUUUUCGAUUGUGUUUCACAAAAGGAAACGCUUUGAAGCUCUACAAAUAGAUAGUUUAAUUGGUCAAUAUAGCUGGGAAUGAGAACACACCAAUACAAGAGACCUGGAUUUUAUAUUUUAAGAGUUGUUGAUGUUGAAUGUGGGAAUGUGAAGUAUUUCUUAAGUGAUUGUUUUUGUUUCUACUCCUAUGACAUUUGCUUUUAAACGAUUUUGGGGAAAACUGAACGAGAUAUUUAGAAAAUACUAGCAUCAUUAUUUAUUCUGGGCCACCCGUGAUUAUCUCUAUUUGAUAAGACUUUGUUUUUUCCAGGGUUAUGCUUUUCUUGGCUUUGUUGUAUCUAUGGUAUGGAUUUAUUCAGUUGCACAUGAAAUUGUUAAUUUAUUAACAACAUUUGGCGUUGUCUUUGGUAUCAGCAAUACAAUUCUUGGAUUAACGCUUCUUGCAUGGGGAAAUAGUUUAGGCGAUUGUGUUUCAAAUAUUGUUUCUGCUCGACAAGGUUAUCCAAAUAUGGGCAUAUCAGCUUGUUAUGGUGCUCCCCUUUUAUGUAAGUAUUAA